AUGUGGAGAAGUCAUUUGGGAAGAAAAGAGGAAAGUUUGGUGGCGUGGAUGGAGUUGAAGAGAACUCAGCUCUACACUGCGUUGGCUGGCACUGGGCACCACGGACUUCAUGGCCCAAUGGAUAAGGCGCUGGUCUACGGAACCAGAGAUUCUGGGUUCGAUCCCCAAAAAAACACUGGUGGAAAUUCGUAA